GCUGCUCCUUCGGCUCCCGGCGGCGGAGCCCUGCUCAGGGAGGCGGCCGGCGGGUGCGCUGGGAGCAGCAACCAGCUCGAUGCUGCUGCCGGCCUGGGAAAUGCGCCUCUACGGGCUCCUCGCCGUGGGCUCGCACCUCUACGCGUUCUACGAGGCGCACCGAGCGUCCCGAGAGUAUGAAGCUGCGAUGGACACGGAGUUUGGGCUGGAACCAGGGACUCUCUUUCGGGGCCUCAAAAAGGACCCCCUGGACUUCGAGUGGAGCUACUGGAUCGAAUGGGGAAGGGAACGUAUACUGUGGCUUCUGGCUGGUCACCUGCUGGUAUCACAAGUGUCCAGGCUCUUGGUGGAGAAGUAUAAACCAUGGUGCUUGAUGGUUUAUGGAAUGGCUGCCUGCUGGUUGCUACUGGGAAUCAAGGGCUUUGCUGUCAUCCUGUUGCAUACAACCAUUUCGUUUGCUGUGGCUCAGUUUCAGCUGUCGGUCCUGACGUGGUUGUGCUCCCUUACCCUGCUAUCCACCUUACGUAUACCAGCUGUGGAAGAAGCCAAGAGGAAGUGGUACGACACUGAGAAUGAGUAUUACCUGCUGCUCUUCACCCUGUCUGUCCGCUGCCUCUUCUGCACUAGCUUCAGCCUGGAGUACUGCUGGCAUGGACCUGCCCAGAAGUCAUCCCACUCGUUCCUCUGGAUGCUGGCAUAUGUCUUUUAUUACCCCACCUUCCACAACGGGCCCCUUAUGAAUUUUGAUGAAUUCAGUAAGCAGAUGAGGAGCCAAGAAGCCUUCAGUUUGAAGACCAAUCUUAGGAUCUUAAUGGUGGGCGUGAUGCGUAUUUUCUUUUGGUGGUGCCUGGCUGAGCUGAUGAUUCACCUCAUGUAUAUCCAUGCUCUCUGCAGCAGUGCUCCUCCUUUGGAAGCUGCAUCAUACUGGGCCUUGGGUGGCCUGGCUUUAGCUCAAGUGCUGUUUUUUUAUGUGAAGUACCUGGUUCUGUACGGUGUUCCUGCCCUCCUCCUUCAAAUGGAUGGACUCAAACCCCCAGCUCUGCCUUGCUGUGUGAGCCUGAUGCACAGCUUCACUAAAAUGUGGAGAAGCUUUGACGUUGGGCUCCAUCGCUUUCUGGUCAGGUACAUCUAUGUUCCAAUGGGAGGAUCUCAGUCCAGUCUGCUGGGAACACUCUUCUCCACAGCCCUCACUUUUGCCUUUGUCAGCUAUUGGCACGGAGGGCAGAGCUACCUGUGGUACUGGGGAGCACUGAACUGGCUUGGAGUAAUUGUGGAAAGUGGCAUCAGGAAGAUACUUUCUAUUUCACCUAUUCAAGAUUUAAUUGAGCGGUCCUUCUCGCCAAGUAUUCGCCGUCGACUUCACGCUGGCCUCGCAUCUGUUAGCACUUCAAUGCUGAUUUUAUCAAAUCUAAUAUUUCUUGGAGGAAAUCACGUUGGAAAAAUCUACUGGAACAGGAUCUUUAUGGAAGGCUGGCCAUGGGCGACGCUGACCGUCCUCACGUUCCUGUACUGCUACGCUCACGUUGGGAUUGAAUGGGAGCAGACGCACGCUGUGAGUUAGGAAUGACACAAAGCAGGGAUUCGGGAGGCAGGUGGCUGGCUUUUCUGCACUGCAGAAGGAUGUGCCAGGCCAAGCCUUUGGUCAAGGCGUUAAACACAAAGGCUCACUUAAUGGAUUCUGGAUUGUGAAUGCAGGAGUUGAACCAGAAACACUGAUGGGCCGUGGCUGGGCUGGGGAGGGAUUCUGGAGCGUUUGGAAUGAUUUUGAUAAGGCAGCCUCUUUGUGACUCUGUCCGCUGGCGGCAGCAGCAGCUCCCAGUGGGGAUUUUA